AUGUUCCAAGCAGACAGACAGUGGGAUCUUCCCAACAAGGACAUUUUGUCGUACAUCUUCGACAAGCCUGCCUACAACCAAGACAAGCCGAUCUACGUCGACGUCCAUAAACCCUCACGGUCCAUCUCAUGCAACCAGGCGCGGCGCAUUAUCCGCCAGCUUAUUGCCGGCCUACGAGCUGCCGGCGUAAAGCAAGGCGAUUGCGUCGCCUUACAUUCCUUCAAUGAUAUAUACUACUGCAUGCUGGUGCUCGCCAUCAUUGGCGUAGGUGGUGUCUUCACCGGCACGAACCCGUCUUAUACCGCUGCAGAGCUUUCUCAUCAUAUGAAGACAUCCCAGAGUAAAUUUCUGAUAUCUGAGCCCGAAAUUCUCGCCCCUGUUCUCAUAGCAGCCAAAGAAAAUGGAAUCACUGACAGCAACAUUUGGAUCUUUGAUACUCAAGGGCAGAAGCUCCCUGAGGGUCGGCGGUCGUGGAAGGAUCUGUUCAACCACGGGGAAGAGGACUGGGUGCGAUUUGACGACCGGAACGUUUCUCAAAAGGUGCAUGCGGCUCGACUUUUUAGCAGUGGCACCACCGGGCUUCCCAAAGCGGUGACUAUCACUCACUUGAACUUGAUUGCUCAGCACGAAAUGACACACGGCGCUCAUGCUCCGCCGUAUGAUAUUUCUCGCGUCAUCGCCAUCCCCAUUUUCCACGCUGCCGCCGCUCCAUCAACACAUGUUGGAGCUCUUGCGGGUGGUGAUGUUGUGUACAUGAUGCGUCGAUUUGAUUUAGAGUUAUUCCUCCAAACGACAGAGAAAUAUCAUGUAACAGAGAUGACCAUGGUACCGCCUAUUGUCCUUGCUGUGGUCAUGUCACCAUUCACGAGGACGAGGCCGUUUUUGAAAUCAGUCCGAUACGCCGGAUGCGGCGCCGCACCUCUCGAUAAAGAUCUCCAGGCAAGGCUUCUGCAAUUGAUGAAUGACGAUGCUUCAUUCACCCAAGUUUGGGGCAUGACUGAAUCAUCGUGCAUUGCUACUAUGUUUCCUCAUACCGAGCGGGACGACACCGGUUCGGUUGGGCGAUUAAUUCCCAAUCUUGAAAUCAAGCUUGUUGACGACGACGGACACGAUAUCUCCCAAUACGGAGUCCGUGGGGAGCUGUGUAUACGUGGCCCAACGGUUACCCCGGGGUAUUUUGGGAAUGUCAAGGCUAAUGCUGAAAGCUUUGACUCAGAUGGGUUUUUCAAAACUGGCGACAUUGGCUUUUGCGACAAGGCAACGCGUAAAUGGUAUAUUGUUGACCGUAAAAAAGAGCUGAUCAAGGUUCGCGGAUUCCAAGUGGCUCCGCCCGAGCUGGAAGCAGUUUUGCUCUCGCAUCCCCAGAUAAUCGAUGCCGCAGUCAUUGGAGUAAGUAUCCCCGGGGCCGAUGGCGAGUUACCGCGUGCAUAUGUGGUUCGGAGGCCUGGUCCUGAGGGAGCUAAAUUGACAGAGGAUGAGGUCAAGAAGUAUUUGGCUAGCCGUUUGGCCAAAUACAAGGCCUUAACCGGUGGAGUCAAGUUUAUUGAUUCUAUUGAGAAGAAUGCCAGUGGCAAGAUUCUAAAGAGAAUUCUGAGGGAGGACAGUAAGAAGGACCUUGCAAACGGACAGAUUACUGCAAAGCUGUAG